AUGGACUCCUCAUCCACCAGCUUGAAGCCUCUCCUGUUGUCCAGCAACAGCCGCGGUGGCGUCGUGGCUCGGACCGGCAUCGCGGACAGCUCCGCUUGCGUUGACGAAGCUCAUCGGGCGGCGUGGAGGGAAAGAAAGCCGGUGGUCGUGGCGUGCUGGCGUCGAGCGGCUAUGGCGGCAGUGAAACUAAUGGCUGCUGCUGAAGCAAGGGCUGCUUGGCAACGUGCUGCAAACCGUUGCCUGGUUCAGGAGGACAGGAAGAGAGCUCCAAAACUAGCUUGCUGUCCACCAUCGGCUGAACAACAUGGUACAAACAAUGGGAACUGUCGAAAUUCUGCAGAUCGUCCCAUCUGCAGUUUAGUGCCUUUGAGAUGGAAUCCCAUGCAUUCUAAUCUGCCACCAGAUUUCAGAUGGUGGGUUCAGUCACAGCCAAAUUUUGGGAUCCAGAAGGAUAUUGUUAGUGAGCGGCUGUGUUCGUUGGGCAGGGACAUUCAUGAGAAGCAAGUGGAAGAUUCAGCGCCACCACCUAAACAUGAGGAAACAUUACUCUGUCAAGCAGUUGACACCAGCACUGAAAAGAUUGGGGAUGUUUUGGAUCCUCCAUGGAUGGUUUCGUCAGCCUUCACAAAGUAUUCCCUUGAAACAGGCUUAGAAGAGAUGAAGACUGUUGGUAGCUAUUCUCAAGUGUCUAAGUGCAUAGAAACUCUCAGCACUUGUUUGUACAAGGAUAAUGAAUCCCCAGAUUUUGAAUGUAUUGACCGAGCACCUUUGAAGAACCCAGAUAAGGCUAACUUUGAUAUGGAUGCACCUUGGAAAGGUGAAAAGACUCGACCAUGGUGGCAGAUUGCUGAUGAGGACCAGCUGGCUUCACUGGUUGCAGAAAGAGCAACACAGCACAUUGAGAAUUGUGAUCUACCAAGGCCUACCCAGACAUGUGACCAUAUCGAGUGUAGCUAUAGCACAGGAAGUACAGAUGAGGUGGUUUUGUUAUAUGGUAAUGGAGUUUGGGAAAAGCAUUGGAGGAAUGAUACAUAUAGCGUGGCUCAAUAUUUUUCUAGCAGUAGCACCACCACAUUGGAAAGCAAACAAACACUCCGGAAUGCUUCAGAGCGAGACAAGAUUUUGGAGGCACUCCGCCAUUCACAAACCCGUGCUAGAGAAGCUGAUAUGGCUGCCAAGAAAGCGCACAAUGAGAAAGACGAUGUCAUCAAGCUUUUGUUCCGACAGGCCUCACAUCUCUUUGCUUGCAAUCAGUGGCUGAAAAUAAUGCAGCUGGAGAAUAUUGUCCUGCAGCUCAAGCACAAAGAGCAUCAGAUAGCAGCCAUCAUACCUGAACUUCAAUGGUUAACCCUAAAAGAGAAGCCUACACAGGGUCAGGAACAGAGAGAUUGGACUAGGAGGAAAGGUAGAAGGCAGAAGAAGGGAGGCGGGUUCUUUGACGCGAUCUUAUUUGCUGUUGGGUUAGGUCUUGCUGGAGCUGGGUUUCUUCUUGGGUGGGCUCUUGGGUGGCUGCUGCCAAAGUUGUAG